CACAAGACUCGCUUGUGCCGUGAGUUCAUGCAGAAAGGAACCUGUCAGUUCGAGAGGAUAUGCUCGUUUGCGCAUGGGAGGGAUGAGCUUCGAUCUCCUUUUGACACCUCGAAGCGGUGGAACUACAAGACUGAGUUGUGCGCCAACUACCUGAAGCUGGGGAGAUGUAAAUACAUGGAGCACUGCCUGUUCGCUCAC